AACCAGUCUCGUUUCCAGGUCCAACCUCAGGCUGAUCCCGCUUCUUCUGCUGCUGCUUCUUGGUUCCACUCGCGGGAUGCCGCACGUUUUAAGAUUUGGGGGAAUAUUUGAGUCCAUCGAGAGUGGCCCCUCCGGAGCAGAGGAACUAGCCUUUAAAUUUGCCUUGAACACAAUCAACAGGAACCGCACGUUGCUCCCAAACACCACACUGACUUAUGACGUCCAGAGAAUAAACAUCUUUGACAGCUUCGAGGCUUCCCGGAAAGCAUGUGACCAGCUUUCUCUUGGAGUGGCGGCCAUUUUUGGCCCGUCACACAGCUCUUCUGCCAACGCAGUCCAGUCCAUCUGCAACGCUCUGGGCGUGCCCCACAUCCAGACCAAGUGGAAGCAUCAAGUGUCAGACAACAAGGACUCCUACUAUGUCAGCCUGUACCCCGACUUCUCCUCCCUCAGUAGAGCCAUCCUGGACCUCGUGCACUUCUUCAAGUGGAGAACAGUCACUGUGGUCUACGACGACAGCACAGGUCUCAUUCGACUGCAAGAGCUGAUCAAGGCACCGUCGCGGUACAACAUCCGUUUGAAGAUCCGACAGCUGCCCACAGAGACCAAGGACGCCAAGCCACUUUUGAAGGAGAUGAAGAAGGCGAAGGAGUUUCACGUCAUCUUUGAUUGCGGACACGAGAUGGCUGCCUGGAUUCUGAAACAGGCACUUGCAAUGGGUAUGAUGACUGAGUACUACCAUUACAUUUUCACUACCCUGGAUCUUUUUGCCCUCGACAUGGAGCCGUAUCGCUACAGUGGAGUCAACAUGACGGGGUUUCGCAUACUCAACACCGAAAACUCUCAGGUGUCAUCAAUCAUCGAGAAGUGGUCAAUGGAGCGACUACAAGCUUCGCCCAAACCGGACUCGGGCCUGCUGGAUGGAUUCAUGACAAUUCAGGGUGGAGUGUGA